GAGCCUACCCUUACCGACUAAACCGUGAUUCGUGUUGUGCCCUUCUCCGGAUCUUCUUCAUUAACUAGCUACGUACUACUACUCAAUCUCAUCUCAUCUCAUCUCAUCUCGCAUCCGCUCCAUCCCGCCCCGUGCCCGACAGCGCCGCUGCAGCAUCCGGCCAAGCCACAUUUUGCUGGGUCCGUAGUAUGCGAGCGCCGCCUGGUCACUGUCGGGAGAAAAGCGACCAGCGUGCAGUUUUUCAGGGUCCACGCCCACAAAGCAUGGAAAGGCUCAACAAGCUCGAUUUGCAUUCAUGGACCAACGAACCCGCCUGCGGAAGGCGUGCGAUGCCUGCAGCAUUCGGAAAGUAAAGUGUGACACCAGCGGACCACCCUGUCGGUCAUGCGCAAGCUUGGACAUCCCCUGCACGUAUGAGCGGCCAAGCCGUCGUCGGGGACCGCCAAACCGGCAUGCUGAAGCUUUCAAGAAGCGAAAACUCGCUGAAUCUCCCUCGGGUUCUCCAAGCCCAUCGGAUGCAACCUCGCCUAUUCCCCCAACCCCUGGGGGAGGCGGCAUCCCACCCUCACUUCCCUAUCCCGCAUCACUGGAAGCCAUUUGUUCGAUGCCCACCAUUCGGCUGCUGAUUGAUGACUAUUUCACCUAUAUUCACCCCUUAGUUCCGAUCCCUCAUGAGCCCACGUUCCGCGCCGCGCUGGAGCGGCGAGAGGAUCUUACCAAUCGCACCUUUCUGGCCCUCGCGGCCGCCAUGAUCGGGACGUCGGUCGCGUCUUUCCCUCGGAGGCCGAAGCGUCAUCUGACGACAGAUGCCGAGAAGGCGGCGUUCCCGCACUCUAUGGCACUGGUUAAACGGUGCCACGAGGUAGCCGUUCAGGCUCGAGGUACCGGAUACCUCGAUCGGACCGCGACCGUGUAUGAUGCCGCUCUCAGCUACCUUCUCGGCCUCUGCUCCUGCUACGCUUGGCAUAUUCGGCGAUGCCGUGUAUAUUUUGCCGAAUGCCUCACCAUGCUCCAUGUGUAUGACCUUUACCGCCACUCGAAUCGGCUAUCCUAUGUCACCAUCUCCAGUCCCCAGUCUGCCUCGUCGCGUCUUUCUCAGGAACCCAACGGUAGCUCCGGAGAAGCCCAAGUCAACAUUAUCGAGCGGGAACUGGGACGGCGGUUGUUUUACGUCGUCCUUGUCGGUUAUCGCACGAUGCAGCAGUUGGGCGGAGGCGACACCAUCAUUCAUGUCCCCCCUGAAACCCCGACAGAACGCUAUCCUCCUCUCCCGCUUGAAGUCGACGACGAGUUUAUCUAUGCCACACACUUCGAUCCCCAGCCGUCCAAUCGCGUGUCGCGCUUGGUGGGGUUUAUUGCCAACAUCCGCGUGAUGAGCUCCUACAAUCAGCUCUCGGCUUGGGAGACGGCCUUUGGUAGCGGCCAGAUUCUGGAAUGGGAGCGGCAACGCUCUCUUCUGUGUCAGUGCCUGCAGAAUGCCAAGAUGGCCUUCAAUGAGCUUCCACGGGAGCUGGUGAUAGGGGGAAUCCAUAGCCCAGCAUCCACCAAUGGACAAGAUAGCCCUAGCCCACUGUCCAGCACGAAUGACUCGCGAUCUUAUAAAUGUCACAUACAGUAUGAGAUCCAGAAGGCGAACAUAUAUGCCAGUCAGCUUGCUGUACGGUCUUAUCUGGUGGAGAAAUACUGGUCCUUGUACGGCGCUGUGAAGAUGCACCAAAAGCCGACCGAGCAGCAUCCUUCUGGCAGUCCUUCGGUGGCUGUUAAGACUGAAGGGGGCCAACCCCAUACCCAGGCGGCCAUGGACGCGGAUGCCCAGUCCGACUACAUCGGAAGGACUAUGGCUGAAGAAAGACGACUCGUGAUUCGGGACUUGUUCGCAUUACUGCAAUCGGUCAACGAGGUUAAUAUGGAGCCUAACGGCGCGAGCUUUACGGCGAAAGUGCGCCAGGUUGCGUCAACCCUCCUGAAUUUUUCGAAUCCGAAUGCCACCUCCACGAUAAGCGGACCACAACCCCUCACCAGCGCCGAAGUCGAGUCAUACCUCCGCGCCUUUAUUGACACACUCAUGCGCCUCGAAGGCUUUGGGUCGACCGAUUCGAGCAAGGCUCGACAACAACCAGACGUUUCCGGACGGUCCAUGAGUUAUCUAAGCGACCACGACCGGGACGAAGAGGAGCUGCGGCAGUGGGCCGGCAUCAAGGAAUAUCAGGCCAAAUUCGCCGAAGAAGGGGGGAUGGCUUUUCAAUUAUAGAGUUUUCUUGCGUUGUUUGUCCUUGACUAGCACUGUUUGGUGAUUGAUUGAGAUGUUUUUCGUUUUUAGCAUGUUGUGUCCAGCGGAGU